ACCACCACCAGCCUGAACCGCUGAUACAAGGCAGGAUGGAUCCAUGCUUUCAUGUUGUUGAGGCCAAAUUGUGAGCCGAGCAUCCGAAUGUGGCAGCAGAAAUGGAGACUCAUCAGACCAGGCAACGUUUCUCCAAUCUUCUAUUGUCCAGUUUUGACAGAGAAACUCCUGCUGAAGCGACUGAGCUCCACUAUUAUAAAGAUGGCCUUUAUUAAAGAGGAGAGUGAAGACCUGAAGAUUGAGGAAGUGUUCACAUUGAAGAAAGAAGAUCCUGAGGAGCAAACAGAGCUGAAGCCACCAAAAGUGGAGGAUGAAGAAGAGGAUGAGUUUGAUCUCAUGACUAUAGUCGAGUCUAUACGGGCUGAAAGGACUGCUUCAUCAGCAAAUGCUGAAAGAGAAGAAACCACAAGCAUCUUCACCUGUCAGGAGUGUGGAAUGAGCUUCAGUGAAAAAACAGACUUCAAGGUUCACAUUGUAGAUCAUGCCAAAGUAAGGCCCUACACGUGCUCUCAGUGUGGAAAGGGGUUCAUUCAGAGUCAAAGCCUUGCCACGCACAAGAAGUUUCACUCCGGAGAGAUAUCCUUGACCUGCAAAGUGUGUGGAAAGAGCUUCACGUCAAUAUACAAUCUGAAGUGUCACCUGAGAACUCACACCAGAGAAAGGCCGUAUAAGUGCUCUCACUGUGGAAAGGGUUUCAUGAGCAGUGGAGCCCGUUGUGCCCACGUCAGAAUUCACACCGGAGAAAGGCCCUUCAAAUGCUCGCUGUGUGGGAGGUCUUUCACUCAGAGAUCAGCCCUUGUCACGCACAAGACAGUUCACACUGGAGAGAAACCCUUCACCUGCAAACUGUGUGGAAAGAGCUUCACAGCAAAACGCUAUCUUCAGCGCCACGUAAAGCUUCACGCUAGAGUGCAGCCCUUUAAAUGUGGUCAGUGCGGAAAGGGUUUCCUAAACAAAUCAAGUUACCAGCAUCACACGAAGCUUCACAUGGAGGAGAGAUUGUUCUCCUGUGGUCAAUCUGAAGAGUUCCUCAUAUGAGAGACAGCUUCAGGAGCAGGACAACUCUUAGAAACACUCUGGAGAUAGAGUUAAACUGAGGGCUGUACAUCUUCAUCUCAGAUGUUUCACAUGCUGAAUGUUUUCUGUGAAGCUCAAUGUGGAAAGAGCGUCAGGAACAGGACAAAAUGAAUGUAGAUAGUCAGAAUGAAGAUACGGUGGAAAACUUGAGGAAGCUCUGCUUUUUCCACGUUUUUAUGUUCCAGCCUUAUUCCAAAUUGGAUAAAUUGAUUGGUUUCCUCAACAUUCUACACACAAUCCUCCAUAAUGACAAUGUGAAGAAAGAGUUUCUGAAAUUGUUGCAGAUUUAUUACAAAUAAAAGAGCUAAUAAAUCAGAUGUACAUCAGUAUUGACAGCCUUUAAACUGAGCUCAGGUCCAUUCUGUUUCCACUGAUCAUUCU